GACACCACUUCGAUCCACUUCAGCAUUGACAACGUAAAACUACCAAGUACGAAUAACUACCUCGUACCUGGAGAGUGGAUGGUCGCAUCGCAAACUACCUACGCCAACGAACGAUGCCUUGAAUCGGAAGAAUAUCCCGCUUAGCCAAUGGCUUCAAAUAUGCCCAAGCCGCGGCAACGACAAGUUCACCCCAUCCGCGCGGCGGUGGAGCGAUGGACCACCACCCUCAACACUGGUCCCUUGAACGAGCCCCAAGCAUGGCGCGAGUCUCUCAUCAACAGCGCCCCCAAGCGCUUCACCGUCUACGAGCCUAUGGUCCUGCUGCCAUCCGGAAGCUUCAGCGGCACGGCCUGGGUCGGGGCGCUCGCGCGCUGUGACGUCGAGGCGCGGGAACGUCUGUGGCGCCUCAUCCUAGACGAGCUGUCUAAGAGCGCUAAAACCACGCUGACGAACCUCGCGAUCAACGGGGGAAUUCCCCUACAGAGCGAGGGUGGCGACGCGGAGAAUGUGCUGCGCAGUCCGAGCAGGCUGAAGAUGCUGUUUGGGGACUUUGGUCCCGCGCAGCCGGCACACGAUCCGCCCUCGGCCGCGGACUUUGACGCCGCGUUCUGGGUCUCGACGAAGCAGAACGGCAUUUACCAGACGUGGGCGCCGCGGUGGACCAUGUUCAGCCGCGGCAACGUCAAGGAGAAGGCCCGGCUGCUCGAGUUUCCGCGCGCCGUCGCGGGUGAGGCGGGUGGUGGCGGCGGCGGCGAUGGCGACGACGACGUCUGGGCACUGGACCUGUACGCGGGCAUCGGCUACUUUGUACUCUGCUAUGCGGCGCUGGGCAUGCGUGUCCUAUGCUGGGAGAUCAACCCGUGGAGCGUCGAGGGUCUGCGGCGCGGCGCGCGGGCCAACGGACGGAGCGUGAGGGUCGUGCAGGGCGGCACGGCGGACCCGGCGCGCGCGACGCGGUCAUGGGUGCGGCCCAGGCGCGGCGAACCAGACGGCAGUGGCGGUGAGGGCCGUGAGGACAUCAUCGUGUUCCUGGAGAGCAACGAGCAUGCCGCGAGCAGGGUCGCGGAGUUGCAAGGGGCGACGGGCGCGGCGGCGGCGGCGGCGCGCAUGGUAUGGCACGUCAACUGCGGGUACUUGCCGUCUAGUGAGCCGACAUGGCGACCGGCAUGGGAGAUGGCGCGCUGGAGUCGCGAGGCGUGGCUUCAUCUGCACGAGAAUGUUGGAGCCGCCGACACGGAAACGAGGCGGGACGAGAUCCAGCGGCGAUUUACGGAUUGGGGCGAGACGGAGGAGGGCCGUGGCCGGUCGGCAGCUGUAGAGCACGUGGAGCUGGUCAAGACGUUUGCACCUGGCGUAUGGCACUGUGUCUUUGAUGUGCAUAUAACCAGGGUCUAAACGUACAUGCCACGAUGAUACAAGGGGCAUCUAUGUACACGGCAUCAAGCCUCGCGCCCCCCCAACACAUGCCGUCCUGCGCCAGUCCUGCAACGCCAAUGACGACCCAUCUGUCUGUACCCAUUUCUUUGCUGAUGCCCCAUCUAGUGUUGCCUGCGGAACUUGAGGGGGAUAUU